GCGCUAACUUGCCUAGCUAUUUUGUGUUCUAAACUUGUUUAUUUUGGAAUUUUGUACUAGAUUUUGUGAUGUGAAUAUGUCGAAUCCGACCACAGAUUUAGACCAUAUCUAUGAUUUAGACAUAAUUAGACAUUAAUUCGACUUGACGUAAACGUAUUAUUAUUAUUCAAGUAUUUUAUACCUAUUACCUAAAAUCUCAUAUUAAUUAUCUAACAAUGACUAACAUAAUUUUUAUCUCAUUGAAGGAAUUAUGUAGUUUCAAGUUUAAAAAAUUUAAAGAUGUUUAUCAAAAGAUUAGGUUUAGGUACUUUCAAAAGUAGGCAUUUGGUUUCAUAAAUACUAAUAACAGGGCAAUUACCUACAUAUAUUUGAAUUUCCAGUGAAGGACAAAAUUUAAAUGGAUCUCGUAAAACUGAUAGAAACCAAUUAGUAACUAAAUUUGUAAAAUAUUUUUACCUAUUUUCAUAAGCACAGUCGAUAUGGCACUGUUUGGUGUAACUGUUGAGGUGCCUCUUUUCCUGUCAUUUUUUAGCUUUAUGCUCUCAGGAUCUGUAUAUACUAAUUUAAUUAUAUAUCGCACCUGUUACUUAUCCUUAGGAUAUAACAAAACAGAAUGUGCCUUAUUGGGUACUGUGUACAAUAACGACACAGAAAAACUGGAAAAGCUAGUAGAACCUGAUGCAGCUGUUGUAAAUAUGGUUCGAUCCACAAUUGAAUCAUUGUUUUCUGUAUUAUUGUGUUUCUUUGUAGGACCUUGGUCUGAUAAAUUUGGAAGGAAACCUGUCAUAAUACUCAAUUUAAUAGGCACUACAGUUUCAUUUGUACUGCUGUCAAUAUUCAGCUUUUUUGAAAACAUGUCCCCAUGGUAUUCCAUAGUCUGUUCUGUACCAGGUUUGGUUACAGGAGGUGGAGCAGCAUAUAUUACUGUAAUCUUGUCUUAUAUUACAGACAUAACUAAUAACGAAACUAGAGGUAUAAGAAUGGCAGUUUUUGAAGCGGUUCUAGCAGGAGGAAUUUUAGUAGGAAAUAUCUCAGGUUCUUACCUAUUCUAUGCAACAAAUUAUGUGUGGGUGUUUACUAUUUCAACAGGAAUAUGUGGUUUAGGUCUUCUUUAUACAAUUUUCUUCAUCCCUGAAUCUGUACAAAAUCCAGAAACUCAGGGGAAAAUUAGAGGAUUUUUUGAUAUAUCGAACUUAGGGGACAUGGUGAAAACAACAUUUAAACGCCGUGAAUAUUUCAUCCGAUCGAUCAUCUUAUUAAAUCUGUUAAUUCUAACAAUUCAUAUUUUUAUUAUGAAUGGAGAUGGUAGUAUUAUGUUCCUUUACUUGAGAGAAAAGUUUGACUGGACAUUGACUAAAUUUACGUUAUUUAACAGUGCAACUAGUGUAGUUUGGAUUAUAGGAACGAUGGGAGGAACGUAUAUUUUGCAUAAAUUAUGUAACAUUAAGGAAGCAGCCUUAAUACUUGUCGGUCUUAUUUCUACAACAGCAGGUUCUUUACUUCAAGGAUUUGGUAAAGCCGAUUGGUAUCUAUAUACAGCUGGCGGCGUACGUUGUCUUGGUGGGGUAAUAAGUCCAAUGUCAAGGUCACUCAUAUCAAAAUUAAUUCCUGACGAUGAAAUUGGGAAGAUUUUCUCCAUGAUAAUGGCUAGUGAAUUUUUAAUUGGCUUGGGAGCUUCUCCUUUAUACACUGCGAUUUACAAUGGUACUAUAAACAGUGAUCCUGCUUUCUUUAAUUAUUUAUCAGCAGGACUGUUUGCAGUCAAUAUGAUUCUAACAGUCACUAUUAUCAUUCUACAACAAAUUAACCCAAUCAGGUACAGUGAGUUAAACAGUGAGGAUCAAGAAAGCUGUGAAGUUGAUCACAUAAUCAAUUAAAAUUAGUUGUAUAUUUUUAAAGUUGUACAUAGUAUACAUAUGUAUAUUGGUAAUAUUUGUAACGAUUGUGAUAUUCAUACUUAAGAUAGUGUAGUAAGAAUGUAUCUAUAUUUGAGUAAAUACAUAUAUUUUAUUUAUGG